UUCACACGUGUCCAGACAAUUUCUUUGGACCACACAGCCAUUAGUUAAAGAAGCAAGAGGCUGAUAAGGCCGGCAGGCAAGGAGGGCAUUGUGCUGACCCUUGCCAAAGUAGCCAUUGCUUCUCGGGAGAUAAGCGUCCCCCAGCCCAUGAGGGGCCCUCUGGAGUGACCAAUGAGUGUGGACAGGCACCAAGCUCUGCUCCCCCCUUCCCCUUUAUAACCAGGGCUGCCAUGGUGCUGAGUCCAAACCUGCUCUGAGCGGUCACUGCAAGGGCACAGAGCCAGCACCUCCUGCACAAUGACGCUGACCCAAGCUGACAAAGCCGCCGUGGUCACCAUCUGGGCCAAGGUGGCCACCCAAGCUGAUGCCAUUGGGACAGAAUCGCUGGAGAGGCUUUUCUUCAGCUACCCCCAGACCAAAACCUACUUCCCUCACUUCGAUCUGAGCCAAGGCUCAGCUCAGCUCCGUGGCCACGGCUCCAAGGUCAUGAGUGCCAUCGGGGAAGCUGUGAAGAACAUCGAUGACAUCCGACGGGCUUUGGCCAAGCUCAGCGAGCUGCACGCUUACAUCCUCAGGGUGGACCCCGUGAACUUCAAGCUGCUUUCCCACUGUAUCCUGUGUUCCGUGGCUGCCCGCUAUCCCAAUGACUUCAGCCCAGAAGUUCAUGCUGCGUGGGACAAGUUCCUGUCCAGUGUUUCCUCUGUUCUGACAGAGAAGUACAGAUAAAUUACUCCAACAGAGGGUGAGGGAGGCCCAUCCACAGCCCAGCCCUGCUGCCAGGCUCUGGGGUAUCACCCUCUUUAAAUCCCCGCUGCAGGGGCUCAGUCAUCUGCAAA